AUGGCAACUCCAUCUUCUCCUCGAAUCGCUGGAAUUGAGGGUACCUUCACCCCUGCAACUGCACAAGCGUUUAUAGAAUAUGUUCAGUCACGCCUUGGACAAUUUGAAACGCGCAUGUCUGAACACGAUACUCUAUUUCAACAACUUACGCAACUAAAAACUGAAAAUGCCGAAUUAAAAAAACAAAAUGACGAUUUGCGACGUGAGAUGUCUGAAUUGCGAUCGCAAUUAACCCAUCAAGGUGGACAUCUGCAAACUUCAGUUGAUCCCACUGCUCCUACUGUCUCUUCUGAUGAGUUCGUUCGUCCCCUUGUGGUUGGUCCUUUGGCCAAGUUCUUUGUUGAGCAAGGCUGGUUUUCGCAAGAAGAUGUUCAGCAAGCCCUUCGUGUUGCUCGUCGCCGCCUUAAGGAAAUCAAUGCUGUCCAAGCGGCUUUUGCCUUCCGUGGUAUUGAUACUGCAUCCGAGAGUGAUAGCUCUGUGGAUGCUGACAAAAGAACAGGCAAUUUUUGUAUGUUUUUAUCUGGUUUAUAG